GGAAAAAGCAAGCGAAGCCCAGAGCCCGCUGGUGGCGUGCACCGCCCCCCGGGAUGGAUGAAACGACGGGCGCGGCGUGGGUGAGACGAGCCAGCUGUAGAGCCCGUGUGGCCCAGUGCACACUCUCGUGAACCUCGGCGGAGGAGGAGGCGGAGGCAGGCAGCCACCAUGGGCCAUGAGACUCUGCUGCCACCAACAUGACCGCAGCUGGCUCCUGCAGCGCACGCAGACCAUGUUCCAUGUUUUUUUUAGGUCUAUCUUUGGAAUUCCUUCACUGAUCCUUGUCCUGUUGCCAGCAACUUCUUCCGAUUGUGAGAUUGAAGAUAAAAAUAAUACAAUAGAAGCAUAUAUGAAUGUCUUACAUGUCAACAUUCAACAUUUGGAGAAAAUGACAAAUAAUGCUAGCAAUUGCUCGAAUAAAGAAUAUAGCUCAUUAAAAAAUCACACAUGUGAUGAUAAUAAGGAAGUUAUGUUUAUAGUUCAUGUGACAUGUAAGUUGAAGCAACUUGUGAAGGCUAAUAUCAGUGAGCACUUUAACGAUUACUUAGAAGCAUAUUCACAUCAUGCAUUAGAGAUGCUGAAGCCAUGCAAAUGUGAUGAGGAGAAAGAAAAAAAAGUAGAAAGAAAGACAGGAAGAAUCCAUUCUACUAGUGAAGUCUCUCCUACCAAGAGUUCAGUGAACGGAACAGGGAAAAGGACAGGAGGACCCUGCUUUAGGAUCCUGGGAGAAAAAUCUUCCAAGGAAUCAAGAAAACAGAAUAAAUGUUUAUGCUUAAUACAAAAAUUGAUAUCUGAUGUUAGGAAUUGCUGGAGGAAAAUUUUAAACGUGAAUGCCAACGGGCACUGAAACAACUGUAAUGGUAUGGAAGCCCCACAAUUUGAUCAACUUUCAUUUGCAUUCUCCAAGUGUUUUAUCUGCUCACAGUUAUCUGUCUCCAUGGCAGAAGCUACUGUAUUUAUGCUGGCACCAUGGCACCGUGAGCAAGUGACCUUGAAUUCUACCCAAUUCCACUGCAGGCACCAGUAGACAGAAGAAAACCAACGAAACAGAAGAUGACAAUUCACAACAAAAGCUACUUGAUAACUACUUGGACGUGCAUGCGCCUGCCUUUUUUCUGGAACAGGUUACAUGUGCCAAAAAAACAAAAUACCCAACCCCCUGUUUCCUCUGUUGCAAUAACUUGUAAGGAUUUUUCUUUUUUACUGCUCCGCUGAAAACUUCAGACAAUGAACUAGUAUAAUAAUAUAUUUUGUGCAAUAUAAAAAAGUACAGCAGGAUUCCCAAUUAACAUUUCAUUUCUUUCACUAAACAAUUCAAUGACUCUAGCUUCCAUUAUGCUGUAUUGAGUGGGGAAAGGGGCAUCUUCAGGGCUACAAGACAUGCUUCACAUCUGACAGUGGGACACUAACAAAUGCCCAAGAGAAUAGGAGGGUGCUUACUUUUCUUAAAAGGGAGCAUUGAUGCACAUGAGCCACAAACCAAAGAGCUCCAUGAAGCAGAAAUUGUCAGCGAAGAGAGAACAACUUGAAAAUGAAAUGUUGGAGUCUCCAUUCAAUUCAAUUGAAAAAGCAUUUCCUGAGGGCCUCUUCUACUCAAGCAAUCAGGGAUGAA